CCUCUCAAGUUACUUUCGGUGGCCCGCGCCAUCAGUCGUGUACGAACCCGCGGUUGGACAUACAUACCUUCACCGAUGUCUUUUCCCGCGUCAGUGACGACCGGGGCAUCCAAAAUGAUCCCACGACGCUCGCAUACCAAGUCUCGGAGCGGAUGCCGGGAGUGUAAACGGCGGAAAGUCAAGUGUGAUGAAAGACUUCCUUCGUGCUUUAACUGCGCCCGGCGUGGGAUGGCAUGCAGCUUGGCUUCCCUCCCACAGUCCUCCCAGGACACCGACCCCGUCCGGCGGGCUGGGAUGAAGAUGGAGCCUGAACCGAGUCCGCUUCGCAAUGAUCCGUUCCUGGCCAAACUUUGGGCUACGCCGCUGCCAAACCCUUCUGCCGAUUUCUUGAACCAUGGCCUGGAAUUGAUGCACCACUACUCCACUGUCACCGCCAACACCCUUGCCCUCAGGCUGGACAUGCAGCAUGUCUGGCGCAUGGUUGUCCCCGAGAUGUCAUACAGCUCGCCAUUCCUCUCCCACGGCCUACUAUCUGUCGCUGCCCUGCAUAAAGCUCACUUGCUGCCCGCAAAGAGAGACAAGUAUCUGGAUAUCGCAGCCUACCACCAAACCCGCGGCAUGGAAGGCUUCCGCGGCAUCUUUGCCAAUAUUGGCGAGGAAAACUGGAAACCUGCGUUCUGUUUUUCAUCCACCAUUGUCAUGUACGCUUUUUCUUCCGCGGGUCAGACCAAGGAUGCCAUGGCGGAUAUUCUGCAACUCUUUGUCUUGAUACGUGGCCUGCGGUCUAGCCUUUUAGUUGGGCGGACGGAGCUCUCAGGCACACCGUUAUCCGCAUGGUCCCAAGGCAUCUGGAUAAUAGGACAGCACGACGAGGCUUCUUAUGAGUUUGACCCACCACUGGAUCACAGUGCUUUGCCCCUGGACACUUUCAAGGCGUUGCGCCGUCUGUUCUCCUUUUAUCGUACUAGUCUUCCGGAUUCCAGCAGAGCAGACUACGAGUUUGCCACGUUGCAGCUACGAAAGGCGGCAAUACUCAUCGCGCAUGCCGGCCCCCAGGCAGAGAUCGGCAUGGUCAUGUUCUUCCCAUAUGUUAUCCCUGCGAAUGUCAUGUCGGACAUCCAAGCCAAGAAUCCCUACGCUCUGGUUCUGUUGUCGUACUUCGCAGUGUUGCUGAGUUUUGUCGAACAGCAGUUUUGGUACGUCAAAGGUUGGUCUAGGAGGCUCCUGAAGGCCAUCGAGCUGCAGUUGGCCCAUGACCCCAAGCAUUUGAAAGUGACAAAAUGGCCGAGGGCUGUGACGGCCAGAUUUUUUUAG